AUGGCAGAACCUUCCUCUUCGAUUGUCCCACUUGUAGAAUCAUGGAGAACUCGUAGAAGAUGCAAGAACACUGGGCAUCUUGGUGAGGUCUGGAGUCGCUUUCUCUGGGCUCCAACUUCGCGCUUUGUAGCCACUUGCUGUCUUGGACAUAAUCUGCGGUUCCCCUCUCGAUGGACGCCGAGAAUACAUCUAAAAGUUGCCUCAUGCUGCGUACGAGCUUACUCUACCUCUCAUCACGAGACCAUCACGCAUGACCCACAUGCACACGAAGGCAGUUCCAGUGACCGCUUGAAAACUGAACGGGAUGAUCAUCAUGAAAUGUCGGACGAAUCACUCCACCGAAAAAGAAAAGCGGAAUGGAAGAGACGUCAAGGUGGCUCCACGUUUCGUGAUCAUGUCAUUGUGACUAUCCAAGCAGGUAAGGGCGGCGAUGGAGCGGCGGCGUUCCAUAGAGAGAAAUACGUUCCCGUGGGCCCACCUUCGGGAGGAAAUGGGGGACAAGGAGGAUCGGUAUUUAUCCGCGCCAACCCUUCUCUCAAUUCUCUUGCUCGGGUGUCAAAUAAAGUUUUCGCUCCAAAUGGAGAGAAUGGGUUAGGGUCUUGGAGACAUGGGAGGAGAGUUGAGGAUACGAUUAUUGAUGUCCCUGUGGGCACUGUCGUCAGAGAGUUGAGAGAGGUCAGGGAGAGAGAGGAGAGGUGGGAAGGUUUGAGUGAGGAGGAGAGGGCCGCCAGGGAAAGGGCUGCGCUUUGGGUGCAUUAUCCUAGAUGGAGAGAGGAGAACGAAUCGGGUAGUAAGGCGUUCCUACAGGCUCAACAAGCAAUCACUAGGGAGGAAGCAUUUCGUAAGAAAGAGGAGAGGAAAAGAAGGCUCCAGUCUCCAAUCCUUGUCCUCGAUCUAGACAAACCAGACGCCGAUUUCCACGAUCCGGCCUUUUCCAAGAAUCGAUCCGCAUUCGCUGAUUCUAGAGGCGGCGUGCUGGUGGCGCGAGGAGGCCAGGGAGGUCUUGGCAAUCCUCACUUUGCGUCAUCCACCAACCGUUCACCCAAAUUCGCCACGAGGGGAAGGCCAGGAGAGAGAAUCACUCUAUCGCUCGAACUCAAACUUUUGGCGGACGUGGGGCUCGUGGGAUUUCCGAAUGCGGGCAAGUCGACCAUGUUGCGUGCUAUCUCUAACUCUAAAGCGGAAGUGGCUUCUUAUGCGUUCACGACGCUGAAUCCUCAAAUUGGAGUGGUGCGUGUUUGGGAUGAUGGCACGUUUGGGGACCCGCCUAUGUGCAAUGCUCUCACCCCGAAUAUGGAGGGUCUAUCCACUUACGGAACCCAUCAUGACCGCAAUAAUGGGUCGGGUGUACGUUCAAUGACAUCGCUACCAUCUUUGCGGACCGAAACGAUGCGUUUUACGGUCGCUGACAAUCCAGGACUAAUAGCGGGUGCUUCGGAAAAUGUUGGACUUGGUCAUUCAUUCCUCAAGUCUAUCGAACGAUCACUCGCGCUGGCAUAUGUGGUCGAUUUCUCCAAGGAAGCGCCAUGGGAGGAUGUAAAAGUCCUGAAAUCAGAACUGGAGAGGUAUAAAAAGGGGCUCAGUCAUAAGGCCUGCUUGAUUAUUGCCAACAAAGCCGAUCUGGCAACUCCGCUAGAGAAGGAAGAAGAGGAAGAGGUGCGGGCUGCUUAUGAGAAGCUGGGGCGUUUAGAGGCGCAUGCUGAACACAUGGCAGCUGUUGCCAGGAAUGAGAGAGAUUCGGCGGCACCCACACGCUCGGGUACGGCUUAUAGUUCAGGGCGGGCCGAUGAUGAUUAUCCACGAAACGACUGCGGAUUAUGCGUCAUUCCCGUAUCGGGGAAGUAUCGAGAGAAUCUGGGACCUGUGGUGAAGAGGUUGAGUGAGUUUGUCAGACGUGCCAGGGAGAGUCGGGAGGAUGGAGGUGUAUAA